AUGUGGACAGUGGGAAAUCUUGUAAAUGCCUCACUGGGUCACCUGACUGGGUCGGAGCGAUGGCAGCUGCAGCUCCGCGUGGAGGCGCCGGAGGGGAAACCGGCGGGAAAGGCGCUGGUCCCGCCGCCCACGGGGGUCGGUGCAGCCUUUGAGGAUGUCGCCGUGUAUUUCUCCAGGAAGGAAUGGCGCCUCCUUGAUGAGACCCAGAGAGGCCUAUACCUCGAGGUGAUGCUGGAGAAUUUUGCUCUUGUAUCCUCACAGGGUUGCUGCUGUGGCAGUCCGGAUCUGGAGGCGUCCACUGAACAGAGCGUUUCUGCAAGAGUGUCACAGGCACCGAAGACCAACGUAGCUUCGUCUUCCCAGACGAGCCAUCCCUGUGCGUGUUGUGCUGCAGUCUGGAGGGACAUUUUCCAGGUGCUUGAGCAGCAGGGAACGCAAUAUAGUACGACACUGCUGAGAUGUGGCGCAUGUGCAAAGUCAUUUUAUUUUAGUGCCCAGUUUCACCAGCAUCAUAAGCAGCACAUGAGAGCAAAGUGUGUGGCCAGGGCCUCACUUGUGAAGAGCUGCACAUUCAGUGUGUCCCAGAAGGUUAGAGACAGCAUCCUUACUGCCUCCGGACAACUCCAGCACCAGGCUCCUCAUCCCAGGACGAAACCAAGUGAAACCUCCAUGUCUGGGGUGACAUUUCAAAACAAAAAAAGUUACCAUAGCAAGAAAGACUGUAAAAAAGCCAUUCGAUGCAACGACACACUUGGUCCAGGUCAAGCCGUCCAUACUGGAAGGCAGUGUUUUGCAGACACCAAAAAUAAAAAAUAUUUUAAAGAAAUCUCUGGACUUAAUUAUCAUCUGAAAGUUCCCUCAUUGGAAAAGCCAUAUGAGUGCAGUGAGUGUGGAAAAUGUUUUAAAGAACAUUGGAUCCUUAUUCAACACUGUCGAGUUCAUUCUGGAGAAAAGCCUUAUGAGUGUGGUGAAUGUGGAAAGUCCUUUAGCCAAAGUGCUGGCCUCACUAGACACCAGAGAGUUCACACUGGAGAAAAGCCAUAUGAGUGUGGUGAAUGUGGGAAAUCCUUCAGCCAGAAUUCCAGCCUCAUUCACCACCAAAGGGCUCACACUGGAGAAAAGCCUUAUGAGUGUGGCGAAUGUGGGAAAACCUUUACCCAGUGUUCCAGCCUCAUUGAACACCAAAGGGUUCACACUGGAGAAAAACCUUUUGACUGUAGCGAAUGUGGAAAGUGUUUUACCAGAAUAGCCUGCCUUCGUCGUCAUCGGAGACUUCACUCUGCUGAAAGGCCUUAUGGGUGUAACGAAUGUGGAAAAUCUUUUAAGAGGAAAUCUCUCUUUUGUUAUCAUCAGAGAUUACACACUAGACAAAGUUUGUAUGAGUGCAGUGAAUGUGGGAAAUCUUUUAUCCAUAGCUCUGGACUCCAUUAUCACCAGAGAGUUCACAACGGAGAAAGACCUUAUAAGUGCACUGAUUGUGGGAAAUCUUUUAUCAGGAACUGUGACCUUCAUAACCAUGAGAAACUUCAUACUGGAGAACGACCUUUUGAGUGCAAUGACUGUGGGAAAUCUUUUAUCAGGAACAGUGACCUUUAUAAACAUCAGAGAGUUCACACUGGAGAAAAACCAUAUAAGUGCAGUGAUUGUGGGAAAUCUUUUACCCAUAGCUCUGGACUCCAUUAUCAUCAGAGAGUUCACAGUGGAAAAAGGCCUUAUGAAUGCACUGAUUGUGGGAAAUCUUUUAUCAGCAAUUGUCAUGUUCGUACUCAUCAGAGUUCACAUAAAACAAAGGCUCUUUGAGUACUGUGAAGGUGGAUAAAUUUAACAAAAAUUCUAGCCUCAGGACGAAUGAGCGUACAAUUAGAGGAAGUUUUUAGAUGUGGAGGAACUGUAGUUUCCUUGUUCAGUGUUAACAACACUGAAAGAAAUUCAGGCUUCAGAAAUCGGACUUUCAGCUCAUAAAUCCCAUACUCAACAGUGGGAGAUUUUCCAUAAAGUUAGUUGUUGUAUGUGUGCUCCCCCACGUCCCGCGUGGUUUAGGGUUCAGGAUCUGGAAGAGGAGCCGCACACAAAUGAAAGAGAAGAGACAAGAGGUCAUUUGGAAAUAUUGGGGGGACCAGGCGGGCAAGUCCAACUCAAGAGGAAGGACCUCCACUGGUGCCCAGGCCUCGCCAGCCUUUUAUUCAGCUUUGGUUAAACAUAAAGCCCUUAGGCAGGUAAUUGCAGCAGCAGACAGGCUAUCUUAAAGGUCAGUAAAUAUUAGAAGGAUUUACUCUGAGACUAUUUGAUCAGGAAAUAGCUUGAGCCCCCACUGUCAGGACGAGACAGUCGGUGCAUAACUCAGGCCCUGCCAUGGGUACAAGGGUCACCAGCGUUCCGGGUCCUUGUUUGCACUUCUCUGCUAGUGAAGACAAUGGGUGGCGUCCUGCAUCUCCCGCAUCUCCCCCGUUUCUUUUCCUUAAUAAUUCUUGAAAGGUGACUGCUGCCUGAAGGGUUCGAGUCCUUUUAAGACUCUUCAUUCCGCAUCUGCAGACUAGAAAUAAGCAUAUGAGAAGAAAAAUGAGACAAGCAAUAGUGGUUAUGCUGAGAGGCAAAUGUAAUGAGAUCCAACGGAAGGGGUUGAAUUCUUUCAUGUCCUUUUUAAAUUGUUGCCAGGCAUCUAAGGAAUUGGUCUGUAAGUUUGCCUUGGACAACUGUACAAUAUGCUGUUGUAAUUCUAAAAUAUCAAGGGUUGUGUUACCUUUACCCCAAGCGCCAAGAAGGUAAUUUUUUACUGAUUCCCAAGGGUGCAAGGUACUAUUAUAAGGAACAGGGGUAACACAAAUCUGAGAAAAAUUAUAAUGACACUGCAAGGAUAUUCUUUGCUCUAGGCCAUGGAUUUUAUCACCCAUCCACAGGACUGUAGACUUCAGUGCUGACAAUUCAAUCUCAAACUGGCUGUCAAUUUUCUUUUGUAUAGACAAGGUCUUAGUUACAUUUUCCUUAACUUGUUCCACAAACUGAGAAGUUUGAACAGUUUGAACCAUGGAUGAAGCAGCGAUGUCCACAGAAAUAAGCAACAUUAUGAGGGCAAAGAUCCCUGCAAUUAACAUUCCAAGAAAUCUUUUUUGUCUUUUUAAGAUUCUUACCAGAUCAUGUAACAGUUGGUAGGUUUGAUGAGAUUCCCAAGGCUCGGUUAGGUUAGUAGGAACCCAAGCGAAAGCUGGUUGUUUUAAAAUCAUAAGGGAGUCCGUUUGGAAUGUAGAAUUAAUGCAGUGGGAUAGAGUGCAGCCUGUGCAUGACACCGCAUACAGAUGGCUUGUAACAUUAAGGUGCAUCUGGAUGGGGC